GCAUGAUUUCAGCCAAUGGGCGGUCUCAUAUGCGACUAAGUUCGAGGUGCAGAGAACCUGCCACAUGGAGUAGCGAAGGACAAAGGAGAACACAAAGCGUCGACUCGAAGUCUUCGAGUCGCAGAUCCGGCCAGACGACUCAAGCCGCCAUCGUACUCAGCUCCGCGUCUUCGCCUGCGCCUGCGCCCUCGCUGUCUCGUCGUGCAGCUUUGGCGACACACACAGAGAAAAAUAAGCUUUCGUAGCAAAGAGUCCUCCGUCCAACGUCCUUCCAUCCCCUACAAACUUUCUCUAAAUGGCGGCGUUCAAAGGUCCGUCCAUUGGCUCUGCUCAGUGAAGUGUAGCCAUCUUCUCAGACUUAACCUCUUGUGUGUGUUUGUGUGCCUGUUGCCAUUUCCGCUGACCAGCUCCCCCACUCUCGGCUUUCUUCCGUAAAGAGGAGGACAACCUGGUAACCCAGGGACUUACAGACGUCCACGGCGUGGCCAUGUUCCACUCGCUGUACGACGUGGGCGACCUCAUCGGUCGUGGCGCCUUCUCGCUCGUGUACCUCUGUCGGAGGAAAGAAACUCAGCAGAUCUUCGCUGUCAAGGUUAUCAACAAGGCACUAUGUGUUAAGAAGAAGACACUGCGCGACGAGAUCACGGUGUUACUCCGGGUCAAACACGCCAACAUCAUCAGUCUCGAGGAGGUUUAUGAGAGCGACCAGGAGCUGCUGCUCGUCAUGGAAAGAGUCACGGGCGGCGAGCUGUUCGACCGCAUCGUGCGGGUCGGUGUUUACUCGGAGCGGCAAGCAGCUGAGAUCGUCACCAAUGUGCUCCAAGCGCUCAACUACCUCCACUCGUGCCACAUCCUGCACCGUGACAUUAAGCCAGAGAACAUCCUUCUUGCCAGCGGUGACAGCAGUGACGUCAAACUGAGCGACUUUGGCAUUGCCAAGAUCCUCGAGGAUGAAGACGACGGUGCACGUUCUCGUGGUCGUGCAUACACAAGCUGCGGGACGGACUACUAUGUUGGUGAGUGGGAAGGAGAAAUGGAAUUGUCUAUUGACAAGUUGCUGAUGCUUGAGGCUGUGACUCUGUUCCUUGUGAUCAGCUCCCGAGGUUCUAAACGGAGAAGGCUACGACAGCAAAGUGGAUCUGUGGAGUCUUGGCGUUGUCUUAUACAUCAUGUUGUGCGGAUUCCCUCCUUUCUCGGAAGAUGAAAAUGGCCUGGAGUCGGUGUACCUCAAAAUUCGCUCUGGUGUGCUGGACUUCCCUCACCCAUACUGGACAAAUGUAUCUGACGGAGCCAAGGAUCUGAUCCGCAACCUCCUCAACGUGUCACCACAAGAGCGCUUCAGCGCAGCACAGGCACUCAACCACCCCUGGAUAAAGGGCGAGUACAGCGAGCAGCCACUUUCGUCGGCUAUCUUGGAGAUGAAGCGCUUCAACCAAAAGCGUCGUUUCAACUAGCUCAAUGUUCUUUAUCUCCAGCGACGGCUGUCGGCAAGACGAAAAACGACGCCAAGAGCACAAGAGCGGCAGCCACAGAACAAACAGCAGUUGCUGGAGUCGCAAACAUAGACGUAUUUCAUGGUGGUCCUGCCCUCUCCGCCCCACGCACCUCCCGUACAUACAUAGAAAUGAUAUCUCGACUCGAAUACAUGUUUCUAACUAAGCAAAACGUUAACUAGUUUUCUUUCGCUUGUCCUCCCGACCACCAAUUGACAAUUGAAGCCUGUAAAUCCUGGAAGUGAGUGCUGUCUCGGAGAUACCGCACCCCAUCAAUGAUCAGACUGGCA